CGAGAAAAGAUUCGAUUCCCAGAGGCGAGGAUCUUGCUGUUGAGCUCCCUUCAAACUUCUUGGGCAGCCGAAACCAUUGCAAGGAACAAGCAACCCUUGAAGACGUUGCAAGCACUGCUGUAUGUAUACCUGUUUGUUUGAUUGAACCAUCAUGUCAGAACAAGUGAUAUGGACAUACGAGAAUUGCUUGCUGGCAUCGCCUUAUUGGGUCACACUGCUGGUUGCCGUGGCCAUGGUGGCGAUUAUUAUUGUCAAGCCCUUUCUAGAAUUGCGAAAACCCUUUGAUAACUUGCCCAUGGCACCGCACUGUCACUGGUUUUACGGUCACGUUGCGUGGGUGUUUGGCCGAGAAACCUUUCCCGAUGCCUACGUGGACGCCGUCCGAGAUCAUGCCGAUGCCCAUGGCCGCACUGGUCUGUGGCUGCUGUACCGUCGAUGCAUCAGUAUCGUGCAUGUGGAAGAUGCCCGGACGAUCCUAAAGUCGGAACAUCAUCGCAUCCCCGUGCCUAUAGUCUCGCACUAUGUGAGAAAGGUCAUUGGCAAGCAGAAUUUGCUCUUUCUCAAUCAUCGAGAAUGGAAACAAAAUCGAGAUGCCGUCACACGGACAUUUGUGCACUCCUUUUUGGUUCAGAGUCAAACGGAUGUCUGGCAAGUCGCACAGGAUUUGAUUGCCACGCUAUCCAACAAAUUGGAACAGAAUUCGGCGGCGGCCUAUUAUGAAUUGGACGUUCAUCCGGUCAUGAAAAUGUUGACUAGUGAUGUCUUUGGCAAGGCAGCCUUUUCCACAGACUUUGAGUGCUGCAAAACACUCCAGUUUUCCUCAGUGGUUGGCGCUUUUGAGUAUAUCAUGAAAGACAUGGGAAAACGAGGUCAGAAUCCUCUCAGUCCAUGGAACUACUUCUUCUCCUUGCCUCUGGAAAAGAACCGCAAACUGCAAGAACAACUCAACGUUCUACGAGGUUUUAUUCAGAAUCUCCUACAGGAAUCACGCAUCAAAAUGAAACAACUAGACAACAAUCUGUCGCCCAAAAACAACAGCGAUAAGGACGUCAAAAUCAGUCUCGUGGAUCGACUGGUGGUAGCACAUGACAGCAAUAACAGCAACAACAACAAUGCCACGGACGACGAAAUCUUGAUUGACGUCAUUUCCACACUCCUCAUUGCCUCCUACGACACCACCAGUACCACACUUGCCUUUGUACUCUACUUGUUGGCGGCCAAUCCUGGCGUGCAAGAGGCGUGUUUCGCGGAAGUCCAAUCCAUUGAAGGUGAUUUGACGGAUCCCGAUGUGCUAGUGUAUUGCACGGCCGUCAUUCAAGAAUGCCUCCGUCUCUAUCCACCCGCCGCCAUUUCUGCGCGCGACUUGACCAAACCCAUUACUUUGUCGGAUGGAUUUGUGGUCCCUCCCAAUGUCAAGUGUCUCGUCCCCAUUUUUGCUAUUCAUCGAUCCGAGCAAUACUUUCCCCGGCCGUUGGAAUGCAUCCCCGAACGAUGGUGUCAACGAACGUCAUCAUCAAACGACAAUAAUGCUUGGAUGGAACGAACACCCGACAAUGACAUUACUGCAGACACGACUAUUGCGAUUGGCAAUGCUCAUGCCUUGAUCCCCUUUUCGGUGGGAAGUCGCAAUUGUCCCGGCAAUCGGUUUGCCUUGCAAGAAGCCGUCAUUGUAUUGGCCAAUCUAGUGAGGGAAUUCCAAUUCAAACCCGUGCCGGGAUACCAGCUCAAGCUGGAUCUGCAUGGGCCACUGCCACAGCCUCGUCAUGGGAUGCCACUGAGAAUUGAAAAGAGGCAAACAGUGGUCAAGUAAACGUAAACGUAAUAAUAAAAGAAGCAAAUAGGAAUGCUAGAUAUGAU